CUUCGUCUGUUUCCUUCUUUCCUACGACUGUGGGAGCGAGAUAAUAUGAAUAUGGAGGAGGCAUUCCAUAAGAUUAAAGUGGAAAAUCCCAUCGUCGAAAUGGAUGGGGAUGAAAUGACUCGAGUUUUUUGGAAGACAAUUAAAGAUGAGCUUAUUUUUCCUUUCCUGGAGUUGGAUAUCAAGUACUUUGACCUUGGCCUUCCGAACCGUGAUGCCACCUCUGAUAGAGUCACAAUUGAAAGUGCUGAAGCUACUCUUAAGUACAAUGUAGCAAUAAAGUGUGCAACCGUAACUCCAGACGAAGCACGUGUCAAGGAGUUUAACUUGAAGCAAAUGUGGAGGAGUCCAAAUGGGACAAUUCGGAACAUUUUAAAUGGUACUGUUUUCCGAGAACCAAUUAUCUGCAGAAACAUUCCUCGCCUUGUGUCUGGGUGGACAAAACCUAUAUGUAUUGGAAGGCAUGCUUUCGGUGAUCAGUACCGAGCAACUGAUACAAUUAUUAAAGGACCUGGAAGACUCAAAUUGGUUUAUGAACCCGUUGGAUUUGAGAAGAAGACGGAGAUUGAAGUUUUCCACUUUACUGGCGAAGGAGGUGUAGCUUUAUCCAUGUAUAACACCGAUGAGUCAAUCCAUGCUUUCGCUGAGGCUUCAAUGAACACAGCUUACCAGAAAAAGUGGCCACUUUAUUUGAGUACUAAGAAUACUAUUCUUAAGAAAUAUGAUGGAAGAUUCAUGGACAUUUUCCAGGAAGUAUAUGAAUCCAAAUGGAGAUCCAAGUUUGAAGCUGCGGGAAUUUGGUAUGAACACCGUCUCAUUGAUGAUAUGGUUGCUUAUGCCCUUAAAAGUGAAGGCGGUUACGUGUGGGCGUGCAAAAAUUAUGAUGGUGAUGUGCAGAGUGACUUUUUAGCCCAAGGUUUUGGAUCUUUGGGGCUAAUGACGUCAGUGCUGGUAUGCCCAGAUGGAAAGACAAUCGAAGCUGAAGCGGCCCAUGGCACAGUUACCCGCCAUUACCGGGUUCACCAAAAAGGAGGGGAAACAAGCACGAAUAGCAUAGCGUCAAUCUUCGCUUGGACACGAGGUCUUGCUCACAGGGCAAAGUUGGAUGGUAAUGCGAGGCUGUUGGAUUUUACUCAGAAACUUGAAGCUGCUUGUGUUGGAACAGUUGAAUCCGGGAGGAUGACCAAGGAUCUAGCACUUCUUAUUCAUGGACCUAAGAUCACUAGGUCUCAAUAUCUUAACACGGAAGAAUUCAUUGAUGCGGUAGCAGAGGAGCUCAGAGUUCGAUUGUCUUGCAAAGCAAAGUUGUGAACCAAAAAGAAAAAAGGCCACUGACUUGGCAUAUUUGGUCAGGAUCUUAAUGUGGCAUUUUUCUUUUGUCACUAAAUGGUCAUUUAAAAAAAUAUUAAUAAUAAUAAAAUAAACCUGCUCCAUAGCUGACUGGGUAGUUUCAGGGGAAGAUUUGUACCUUGCUCUUUUUUUUAAGAGGAAAAAAAAAUGGUGUUCUAGUUGAGUUAUUAUUAUUUGUGGUGGGAAUCACUAUUAUGUUUUUGAGCCAACUACAAAACGCUAUUGAAUUUGAAUUUAUUGGUAUUUUAUGUUGCUCUAUUAUGGUAGACUUGUUUU